UCAGCGCUGUUACACAAGAGAGCCAUAUGCUGCCAGGCAGAAAGAGUCACAUGACUCACACAACUCAGCGAUCAUAAGGCAUGUGAGGGCAUUAAAGGCGCUCAGAGGGGAGCAGGUGUCCUUCAGCAUCCGAUUAACUCCCCUCAGACGUUUGGGAGACUUCUGCGCCGAUUAUUAUUGCUGCCGAGAGACGGUUGAGAUAAAGGUGGGAGAGCGGCGACCAUGUGGAGAUCAAUAAAGGCGCACGUGUUCGAGCACACAGCUGGGCCGGUGCCAUGGUUACUGACAACGCAGCUUCGAGCUAAAGAUGUUUGACGUGUCGCGCGUGGACAGUGGAAUAACAAACAUUCCCGCGAAGAAGCCCACGAGCAGAGGAGCGAAGCGAUGGAUGAAAGGAUACCGCAUUUACAGGACAGGCAGUUCAUGGAGCACGCAGAUUUCUUGGGGGUGGAUUACCCCUCUCUGUACAUGUGUAAAUCCAAAAGAGGGAUAAAACGGGAGGACGGCGGAAAGGUGCGCGUGCAGGACGCAUACAAGUUACCACACCGGUUGAUAGAGAAGAAGCGGAGAGACCGAAUUAACGAAUGUAUCGGGCAGCUAAAGGAUCUGUUACCCGAACACCUGAAGCUGUCGACGCUCGGGCACUUGGAGAAAGCGGUGGUCCUGGAGUUGACGCUGAAGCACCUGAACGCGCUGACCGCCGUCACUGAGCAGCAGCACCAGAAGAUUAUUGCUUUGCAGAACGGAGAGCGGGGGAUGAAAUCCUCCAUCCACGCGGACCUGGACGCGUUCCGCUCCGGGUUCCAGGCCUGCGCCAAGGAGGUCCUGCAGUACCUGAGUCAGUUCGAGAACUGGACGACGCGGGAGCAGAGGUGCGCGCAGCUCAUCAACCACCUCCACAAGGCGCUGGCGCAGUUCCAGUCCGGCGCGCCGCCGCUCCAGCGCCAGCCACCGGCCGCGGACGCGCAGGACGGGCAGAGAGCGGACGGCCAGGCCAACUGCGUCCCGGUCAUCCAGAGGACCCAAGGCGGGGAGCUUAACGAGAACGACACGGACACGGACAGUGGAUACGGGGGCGAGGCCGAGAAGAGCGACGGCAAAGAGAAAGAGUGCCCGCGCGGCAAAGCGCAGAGAGCCAAGGCCGUGAAGAUCAAGCAGGAGUUCGGGGACGAGCGCGCUGCCAAAAAGCCAAAGAUGAACUGGUCUGGGAACGGCUCAGGGGGCGCGGACCUCGUCCGGCCAGACUUGGCGCUCAUGAACUCUCUGAUGGGAAUAAGCGGCGUGGGACAGCAGACGCCGAUUUGCAUGCCUUUCUACUUCAUCAACCCGUCGGCGGCGGCGUCCUACGUGCCUCUGCUCGACAAGAGCAGCCUUGAGAAGUACGUGUACCCCGCGGCGGCCGCCCUCGCCUCCCCGUUCCCCUGGCUCUACCCGGCGCACGCGUCCGCCGCGGCGGCGGCGGCGGCGGCCGCGGCCGCCUUCCCCGGCCUGUCCGCGCACUUCGGAGCCUCGCCUCCGUCCAAGGACUCCCUCUCCGCAGACAGCGACGAGUCGCACGAGGCCGAGGCGGGCUCGCCUGACGAGCGCGAGGAAAGUCCCGCGAGUGACGACGGGGAGGGUGACGUAGCCGACUCCCCCCCGGAGAGCAAGGGCGCCCGACACGAGCAGUUCCCCGCGCGUCACGCGAGCUAAUGCGUCUGCGGCACCUUCCUGCGCGUUCUGCCCGGGAGUUUGCGCAAAUUUUGUAAUCAGGCUACUUUUAAAAUGAGAUUUCACAGAGUUCCUUGUGUAAAGUCUUGGCAGAAACAGGGGGGGCGGUUGUAACGGCGUGUGCCUUUUGCACAGAUCAAUCAAUCUGAAUGAUUAUCGACCAUGAUUGACAUCAGUAAACGGCUGCCUCGUGCUGAACGUGGUUUUUUAUCCUCUUUGAUAAAUUAUUUUCAAAUGGCAGCACUGGUGCCAAAACUCUGAGUGCUACACUAGUGCGCAACGUCCCAAUCAGCCGGUCUCUAUGGAUGUAUGAAGUUGCAACUGACCUCUGCCAAGGUUAUGACGGGCUCGGCUGACUCUGACUGUAAAUAUUCUUACCUGGAAGAGUCUUAUCCAUUAACAUGUAAACGUGCACUAAACGGGCCCAAUGAAGGCGCUCCCAUGGAAGAGUACGAGUGCAGAUCAGCCGUCCGGAUCCCCUGUGUCACGUGGGGUUUAACUUUUUUGGGAGAUGCAUUACUGAUGGAUGGCUGCCCCACCCAACAAACACACAGCCCCCAUUAUUUACAUCAAAUACCAAAAUUCACUCAUCACUAGCCUCUAAGAGCCUCUAUAAUUUCUCUCUUACCGAUCUGAGUUUGCUUUAUUCAUCUAUUUACUCAAAGAAACAAAAAAAAACAUCAUCCAAGACACUCACUAAUUUCUUUUACAAGGGGCUGCUUGACCUGCAUAUUGUACCUCUGAAUGAAACAUUUGAGCAGAGAUGCAGUGACCGCCUGUACCUCUAGGAGACAUUGUAGAAUAGCACCUUAUAGCUCUUUAAUAUUGAAUGUACCUUCAUUUUCCCAGUUGUUGACGUUCGUAUGUACAGUGUGGGAUGAUCUCUGGUCUCUCGGACGUAAAGUGCACUUUGUCACCUUAUAAUCACGCCGCAUCUCUUUCAGACUUACUGUGUUGAGUUGACAAAAAUAAAAAAAAGGAACUUUUCAUUUCAAACGAGCAGCGGCCAGGGAGCCGCGGAACCUCUGUACGGGUUCCACACAGGUCCUCACUGAUCAGGUCAUUUGCCCGAUUUAACCAAACACCGCUCAUCUAAAGCUCUUCAUCAUCUUAGCUUCGAAAGCCCUGCGACUUGCUACGAGCCAGAUGAAUUCCUAAUUCGUGUUCCACGCCGUCACUAUGUAAACUUUUGCUUUUCCAAUAUCGGACAAGCGUGAAAAAGGAGCCGUGUUGACGUGACGCCAGUUGCGAUCAGUUCAAACUUUUAACGUUAUUCUGGCCUGUUUUCUAAGAACCUAUUCCAGCAAAUGUAGUGUCGUUCGGCUUUUUCCACACACGGCUGAUUACACUGAUGAUUUUCACAGCAUUUUCCUUACAUGACAUUGCUUUUGUAGUUUUCUUCUGCUGGGUUUGCCUCCCACCUGUUUUCAGCUGUUCUAUAAAGUGGCAUGUGUGUCUGUAAAUAGUUUUCCUUUGUGAAUAUACCAUAAAAUAUACAUGUCAAUGUUGUAGAAGACUGGAUUUUUUUUAAAGAUUUAACCGAGCAAGUGUUGCACAUUUCAUCAAUGCUUUACACAUAUGCUGUUCUAAAUUAUUGCUGAUUAAUUGUACAAUAAAAAUUAAAACCAGGUCCCCGUGCUGCAUCUUCUUUAACGCAGCCUCUAUGUAAUGAAGCUCGUCUUCAUCGAUGAAUGAGUGAUAAUCAGGUAAAACACACGAAUAAACAAAAGCCAACCUUUCUGGGAGCCCUGUGCUACACGUGUUCAUGAAUUAGCAGCACUGGACGACCUGCAGAUUAAACAUUGAGCUGACGGGUCACGGCGGAGGAAUGUACAGCAAAGCCAAAACUUCAAAAGUCAUAUGAUGAAAGGAUGAUGAAGUGAGAUUACCCUUGGUCUGUACAGGCCCGUGGACAAGAAGGGGCCUCCACCCAGCUCCAGCUAGGCCCAGGUUUUAACCCAGAUCAAUCCAGUUGCUGCUCCUGCAAUUAAACGGCUCAGUGGAGUAUAAGUUUGAUCUUUAUGAAUAAUUAGAUCAGUGGCUAAUAGGGUGCUUUCAAAUAACCUUGACAUGUAGGCUACAUUUAGUGAAAUCCUGCGUUGUUUGAAUUGGAUUGUGGGAAGAAUAUGUUGCCUCAUGAAUCAGCCCUGUUUGAGCAAAUUCACAGAUGAAGAGUGAAACGAGGCCCCGUUUCCAGCAACAGUCUGGAAUUUCUCAGAGUCAGGAACUUCCUUCAAGUCACCAACAGGAGCUGAUGCCGUCCUGCUUUAUGCUACAUGAUCCCAAGCAACAUUACUCAUCCACAAACAUUAAGACAAUGGCCCUUUGAUUUCCAACCUUCCACAUGUUGGAAGUGUUUCCACCGUUACUAAGUCAAUGCCUCCACCUACUGGUGAAAGGCCUGUAAAAGCUUUGGAGGACAUAAUACGGCACAAAGCCAUUGUUAUUUACAGCCAGUUAUUUACAGUAACCCCAAUCAUCUGUUGUGACACAUUCAAUUUCAUCCAAUGUUUUAUUGAAUCAUGCUGUUAGAGUCAUAUCAGUAGCCAGAUACAGCCGGACAGGUCCACAUCUUGCAGUAUACAGUAUUAAGGCAUGAAAAAAUAAAAACUAAAAAAGGUUAUCUACAGUUGACAUCGUACAGUUCUCUAGACCAUAUUUUUUUUACAUUUGUAAACAGUGACCACAGCUACGUCUUGUCGCCAGGGUGGAAAGAUGCACACGAGUGGUUUCUUAAAGGGAAAAUCCAGCCAAAUAUGUGCACGUUGUUCAAACAGGCCAGUGAUAAGCCGGAAACACACUCCUGGGCAACAGCACUGAUCCAGACUACAGUAUGUGAAGAACUAAAUCAGAUGGACGUGCAUGCAUUUCACAGCACCCACCAAUAUGAGGCUACAACACAACAGCCAAGUGGAAAGCGCCCUUAAAAACGUUGCUCCCACUGACAUUUUCCCCAAAUACUUCCACGUUUAACAUAAUUAUAGUUUCCACUGUGCUGCUGUCACUUCUCUCCGUGUAGCGAUGUGGCACUAAUACAUCCACCGACAUGGGAGCUCAGCUGACUCUGUUCAUUGCAUUGAUGUCUCCACUAAAGCUUUACUCUAUUUAUACACCGGCGGUGGAAUGAAUUUAAGGCACUUUGAUGUGAUUAGCAGCUGAACUACAACCUAAGACUGGUUUCAUUCCUUGGCUAUUCUGACUGACACACACACACACACACACACACACACACACACACACACACACACACACACACACACACACACACACACACACACACACACACACACACACACACACACACACACACACACACACACACACACACACACACACA